AUGAGCGAUGGGCAAGGUAGGGACGGCUUGAAGUUCUUGAGCGAGAGAGAAAAUCAGCAGUCAAAGAGGAUCAAGAAGAAGUCGGGAGCUGAAGAAUUUGCCCAGGCCAUUGCCAGAAUUGCAGUGGCGCAGGUUUGCGAGAGCCUAGGGUUUCAGAGCUUUCAACAGUCUGCACUCGAUAGUCUAGCAGAUGUAGGGGUCAGAUACAUCAGAGAAAUAGGAAAAGCAGCAAACUCGUAUGCCAAUUUGGCAAAUAGGAGCGAAUGCAACGCCUUUGAUGUAAUCCAGGGAUUGGAGGAUCUGGGCUUCACUCAGGGCUUUUCAGGUGCUUCGGAUGUUAACCGCUCUUUAUCGAGAUCGGGAGUGAUUAAGGAUAUCAUUAGUUAUGUUGGCCAAUCAGAUGAAAUCCGGUUUGCGUAUCUGACCCCGGUUUUCCCAGUAGUGAAAGAAAGGGCACUGAACCCUAGUUUUUCCCAGGCAGAGGAAAAUCCACCCGAUGAACAUAUACCAUGUUGGCUGCCGGUUUUUCCUGAUCCCAAGACAUAUACAAAUCUAAGUUCCAAGGACUUAGAGACGGAGACUGUGGAAAAAAUUCAGCCAAUUGAUGAGAAUCAGAGAGAGGUGCAGAGGCCAUUGCUGAAUUUUCUGCAGAAAUUGGUUCGUAAUGGGUUUGAAUCAGGUGUGGAAGACCAUAGGGAAGCGUCGUGGUCUCAUAGAGCAGAUGAAAGUAAUCCGUUUCUUGCACCCCCUCUGCAAUGUGGCGAGAAGGAAGUAUCUGUGCCCGUUCUUCCAACCAAAUUUAUAAAUGAUACUUGUGAUUACCAUAUUAGAACUGAAGCUUUUGAGAACCAUCUAACAUCUUCUGAGCCAACAGCGAAGCCCAAUGCUAUUGGGAGGAGUGGUUCUGGUGAACCGGAGAACAGAGAAGAAGUUCUGGUGAAUGGAAGGCCGAGGAUACGAUUUAAAUUCGGAAAUAGUAAGAAGUCCUUGAGAAUGAUGACAGACCCCCAAGUUUGGUUUGGUGAUGAAGAUAAAGGAAGCAAAAUGAUGAAAAGGCAGGCAGAUGAUACAGAGUUUCGACCAGAAAUGGGUCACUUGUAA